UCGGGCUCGGUGAGAGAGCCAUGAGUUGCUGUAUUUUUUACGUUUUAUAGCUACAAACCAAAGUUUUUACAAUAUUUUAAGUUUUCUAAUUGUUAGAUAGUGUAUUUGCCAAGUUUUUUAUUCAUUAUGGUUCAGGAAUAUCAGUCGCCGGUUCGAGUUUACAAAUACCCUUUUGAACUAGUAAUGGCGGCCUACGAGAAACGAUUUCCCACUUGCCCUCUUAUCCCUGUAUUUCUUGGCAGUGACAUUGUUUCAGAGUAUAAAAGUGAGGAUGGCGCAGAGCAUGUUUUGGAGAGACGAUGCAAACUUGAUGUUGAUGCUCCUUAUUUGCUUAAAAAGAUAAUUGGCGUCGAAUUUGUAUAUUUCAACCAAACCAACAGCCUGAACCGACGAGAAAGAACGCUUAAAAUUUCUGCAUACAACGAGAGCUUUUCUUCCCGUGUUGGCGUUGAAGAAAACUGUUAUUAUUCGGUCCAUCCAGAUAACCCUGAUUGGACUUGUUUUGAACAAGAUGCUAAGCUUGACAUUAAAUCAUUCUUUGGAUUUGAAGCAGCAGUUGAGAAACUUGCCAUUAAAUUAUAUUUACAGAAUAUUAAAAAGGGUAAAGAAGUGAUACAGCAUUAUAUUGAUGAACUAAUAAAUGAUGGUGUAACACACAUUGCACCYUUCCCUGGUGCAGUAAGUAGACCAAGAACAAGAAGCCUUCUUCUAGAAAAUGCUCCAGAAGGCGAAGACAAAACUGUGUUAGUCCCAAUUGCCAGCUCAGCUGUUGAUGGUACUGAAGCGGCUGAUGCUACUGCCUUGCAAGACUGCAAGCUAGACGAUGUAUAUAUUCAAAGAUUUUUAGGAAAGUUAAAUCCAAAAGAAGAAAACCAACUUAUACAAUUAAGAAAGAAAUUAAGUAUGGCCCAUCAAGGAAAGAUGCCAAAUGAUGCUCAUUUAUUAAGGUUUCUUAGAGCAAGAGACUUCAACCUUGACAAGGCAUAUGAGAUGCUCUGUCAAUCCCUAGCAUGGCGAAGACAUCAUCACAUUGAUAGUAUCCUAGAUACCUGGAAGCCUCCAGAACACCUCCUUGAGUAUUAUUGUGGUGGCUGGCACCAUCAUGACAAAGAGGGCAGACCUGUUUAUAUACUCAGACUUGGCAGUAUGGAUGUCAAGGGAUUGCUUAAAGCUGUAGGUGAAGAUGGUUUCUUAAAACAUGUUGUUUCAACAAAUGAAGAAGGGCUCAAAAGAACAGAAACUCUGACCAAAGAAACAGGACAACCAAUAAGUUCCUGGACAUGUAUCUGUGAUUUGGAAGGGCUUAGUAUGAGGCAUUUGUGGAGACCAGGAAUCAAGGCUUUAUUGCAUGUUAUAGAGAUGGUCGAAUGUAACUACCCUGAGACCAUGGGUAGGCUGUUAAUAGUACGAGCACCUAGAAUAUUUGGUGUAUUAUGGACAUUAGUGAGCCCCUUUAUUGAUGAGAAUACCAGAAAUAAGUUCUUGAUCUAUGGUGGCAAUGAUUAUCAGGGCCCUGGUGGUUUGACUGAUUACAUUGAUGGUGACUUUAUYCCUGAUUUCCUUGGGGGUCCUUCCGAAUGUAGCAUCAGAGAAGGAAGACUGGUGCCUAAGAGCUUGUAUAGGUCUUUAGAAUUUGAUGGCAGUGAACAGUCAUUUGGUAGUGAUAUCUAYCAUACUGCACAUGUUAGCAAGGGAUCACCUCACGAGGUACUGGUAAGCAUUACAGAAUCAGAGUCUGUUAUCACAUGGGACUUUGAUGUCAUGAAAGGAGAUGUAACCUUCACUGUGUUCAGACAUAAAAGACCCAGGGAGGCAAUGAGUAGUACCAGUGUUAACAGUCUGGGCAGCAAUGCUUCAUUGAAUCAAUCAGGUGUUGUCGCUGGAGUAGAUGCUGUUGUAGUUGAAAAACCAAGGCAUUGUCUUGAUGGAGAGUCAGUCCAGGGUACCCAUGUUUCUUCAAUUCCUGGUGUCUAUGUUCUGCAGUGGAAGUUYAAGACUGGUCUGCCAUCUGGCCAAGCACAUACCAGGCAUAAUAGGGCAAAAGUCAUGUACUAUCAUGAAGUAUUAGCAUCAGGAGACUUCAGAGGUUCAAUAUCAAGUUUAGAGUCUUGUCAUAGUGGAUUUUCACAGYUGAGUGUUUCAACCAAUACAAGCUCAGGAGGYAGUCAGGCAUCGUCUAAAGUGAGCAGGUAGCAAUUAGCCAAACCUUGCUCUAAACAGUAGCUGCAUCUUGUUUUUACUUCAUGUUCAAUCUUCCYAUUUUAUUUCACAARAAAAGCACAAUAUAAAUGCAUGAAAGAAUAUUCAUUUCUUGUGUUUGUGUUUGUGAUUGUGUUUACUUUGCUUAUGUUGCUGAUGUAAAACAAGCUUUGUCAAUGUAGAUCUUGUUCUUUAGAGAAAUAUUUUGAAUGUACCGAAAGAAGAUUUUAAAUCUAUGUUAAAGAAUUCAGACCCUUGAACACCAGCAUGUUAAAGACAUUUUCCCUGUACAAAAAUGUGAGUUAAAUGCAGGACAUUUGGCUUCUGGAUACUAAGUAAAGCUCUGAACAACAUUCUGUAGCAGUAUUUUGGAAAUUAAUCAAUGAAGGAAUAGUGUAAUAAACUAGGAAUGCAGACUAAUUCGGUGGGAAUUAAAGAGAACUUUGCUUCAUUUUUCAUGGUCCCCUUUUUUGUAUCCAAAAAGAAAAACAACCAAGUCAAUCAAAGACAUGCAGUUGAUUCUUCAGAUGUUUCUCUUAUACUGAAUAUCAGUACAUAAUUGGUUUAAUCUUCUUUUGGUAACAACAUUAUCAUGUCCUUAGUGUAUACACUAAUAUUGACAAAAAAAACUGAAUUAUUUGAGUGAUUUUGAACCUUAAAUGAGCUGAUUACUGUUGAAWUAUAGCCUUAUUAAUGGCUUUAAUUUAGAGCAAGGUUUAUGACCAGAGUAUAAUCUAUAAUUCAUAUUAAUGAUAAAAUUAUAUGUCAUUAAAGUAUUACAAUAGAUGCAUUUUAUUGAUGCCGUCAAUGAACGAGGCGUUGUGACUUCCUGCUAUAAUAAACUCAAAUGCCAUAUAAUCUAAUCCUACAUUUUUUUUACUAAGCAUUGCUGUACAAUAAGUCAAUGAAUGACAGUAUAUUAAUCAAUGUUCUGUCAGCUGCUUUUGAACUAGCAUGCUUACUAAGUGUACACACAGCACACAUUUUAUUAAUGUAAAUAUCUGCUUGGAUAUAUUAUUUGUUGCUCAUAUGCAUUCCAGUACAUAGACUUGUUAAAAGUUAGAAUCUGUUUGUAYUCACACUCGGGCACMAAGUGCAAAAACUUUUUGAAAGUCUAUUCAGUGCAUACAGUAUUUACGAAAUCUGUUUUGUAUAAAUACAGUUUAUUAAAAUACAAGUUUACCAUCUGUGGAAAAAAGAGAAAUUACCAGUAAAACAAUGUAUAUGAACUGACUCUCUUAAUUGCCUUCUAUUUCUGCAAAUUCAUUAUAUAUAUAUCAUCAUAUUGUAGGUUAAGAUAGUUUUUGAAUUAAUAUUUGUAAAUAUAUCAUAUUUGGAUUAGAGAAUAGUAUAGUUAGAUUCUUGCUAAAUAAUAUUGACACGUAGAAUAUUACUUGUAGCUUGACUUAGUCAAAAGAAGUAGAACCUAGCUUUAUAAUGAGUCAAAAAUUAACUUUCAUUAUAUUGUCAAAAAUGUUUUUUACUACAGUUUGAGCACUAUUAUUUGCUCAAAUAUUUAUUGAGAAUAUCUCCACUGGAGAUGAAAUUAUUAUAUUUGGCUUACUUUUCUUAUUAUUUUGAAUGAAUCUAAGAAUGAAUCUUAAAAUAAUAUUCAAUUCAGUCAAGUUUUUUUUGCAUGAAUGUACAUUAUUGUGGAAUAGUACAUUUAUUUAGGUUUGGAAAGAAAGACUUUGGAUAGAUCUUCUUGGUUUGACUUGUUAUAGAUUGUCUUAGGUUCAUUUUUCAAAAAUGAAAAAAAUCAAAGACAAGGAAGCUAAAUUUUAUUUACUAAUUAUCACCAAACCAAGAAGGUCUAUUUGUUAAUGGCACAAAGUGUCACACCAAGGACUUGUAGGAAAAUAAGAAAUUCCAGAAAAUUAUUAAAUAUUUGCAUCAUUAUUUGAAUUAAUUAAUUAAUUAAAAUAAAAGUUUAUAAGAUAAUAUAAGUGACAAAUUGAUGUUGAUUGUAAUAUCUUUGGAAUAAAUUAAAUUUACCAUCA